AACUAAUUUAUCAAACACAACCUUAGAUUAUUCAUCCACAUUUAUCUGCAGUGGGCUCUCUCAAACUAAUUUAUCAAACACAACCCUAGAUUAUUAAAAAUUAACGAGCCUUAACUAGUUUUCGCAAUCAAAUGGACUCGUGCAUGUAGAAAGUAGAUUAUAUAUUUUAAUUUUGAUUUUGAUUAUUAAUUUUGCCGAAUUGCCGCCGUCCGUGUCUGGUCUACCCGUCGCUCAUUGUCAACAGCCACCGGUCGCCGCCGCGUCGUUUCAGUAGUCACCGUCGCUGCGGAAUCGCCGCCGUCUGAGUCUGGUAUGCGUGUCGCUCAUCGUCAACAGCCACCGGCCGCCAUCUCUUGUUGUUUGUUCGAUUCAAGAUAACAGAGGGGAAGAUGACCCCUGUCUCAUCCAAGCUUUAUGCAGAUGAUGUGAGUCUGUUGAUGGUACUAAUUGACACGAAUCCAUUCUUUUGGAACUCGGCUCAAUCCACGCUUCCUUUCUCCAAGUUCUUGACCCAUGUACUUGCAUUUUUGAAUUCUAUACUUUUGCUGAAUCAGAUGAACCAAGUGGUUGUCAUUGCAGCUGGUUAUAAUUCGUGUGGCUACAUAUUUGAUUCCUCAGACCCACAGAGCCAAAAUCAACGGGCAGAGGAUUUGCUGGAUAAAUUGGAGGAAUUUGUGGACAAUGACCAGGAACUAUGUCGUGAACAGUCUGUGGAUGGCCCUGGGUUCUCACUUUUAUCUGGUUCCCUCUCGAUGGCCCUUUGCUAUAUUCAGAGGGUCUUCCGUACAGUGCCGCUUCAUCCCCAGCCUCGGAUAUUAUGCUUGCAUGGAUCUCCAGAUGGACCUGGACAAUAUGUAGCAAUCAUGAAUUCAAUUUUUUCUGCUCAGCGAUCAAUGGUUCCUAUAGAUGCAUGCGUGAUAGGAGCUCAACACUCUGCUUUCCUACAGCAGGCUUCUUAUAUAACUGGUGGUGUAUAUCUGAAGCCGCAGAUAUUGGACGGAUUGUUUCAGUAUCUUUCGACAGUGUUUGCUACUGAUUUGCAUUCUCGUUGCUUUUUACAACUUCCUAAGCCUGCAGGAGUAGACUUUCGUGCGUCGUGUUUCUGCCACAAAAACACAAUUGAUAUGGGCUACAUUUGCUCUGUUUGUUUAUCUAUAUUCUGCAAGCAUCAGAAGAAAUGUUCUACAUGUGGAUCAGUGUUUGGUCAGGCCCAAACACAGGACUCCUCGACAACACCGGACCGGAAGAGGAAGACACCGGUGGAUGGUUAGGUCCUCAGCUGCUUUGAGGCCAAUUUCCAUUUGAGUUGUUGGUCUCAAUGUUUUUGUGAUGGUUAUUGCUCUCAUAAUCUAAUAUAGCCCUUUGUCUAAUUGUUUCUAAAUAGAUUCCCUCCCACCCCUAGUAAAAUUCGAUGCUAACGUUGGCAGUGAUGCCCACUUCCAAGAAUAUAACCGUUUAAAAAGCAAAGUCAUCGAUGAUUACUUGGAUGCGUCGCAUUUUUUCAAGCUUGUUGAAAGUAAAAUCACUGUUUCCCAA